AUGUUCUAUCCUUCAGAAAUCUUUACCUUCACCCUAAGCGCCAUAUAUAAACUCCUAACGAUGCCCCCCAACCAAGGAAAGAUAGACGCACUGGGUGGGAAUGACCAUGGAUUCAUGAACCGGCACAGAAAAGUGUCUCCCGACAAGCGCGAGGUUAUCAAUGAGGAGGACUACAACCCCCCAUCGAAGCGGCGAACCUAUCUCCUCGGAAGACUAAACACGGUCCUCAACAACCGGCCUGUGCCAGCUAGUUUCUGGGCCGCCUUGCUACUCUCGGACAUGGAGAUGCUGGAGAAGAUGGUCAUCGGGGCUGAAAAGUCAACAUUCCUGCUGGAGUUCUUUAUACACGGGUGCAUGGCCCUGCCCCUUCUAUGGAAACAGUGUCGAUCAGAACAGAGGGCGACCACAGCCCAACUGCCCCAUCCGCCAGCCGAUGCUGAAGUACACGGAACACUGCGAGAGGAGCAGUGGCACAACCACCAGACGAGCGAGCGAGACCGCGGAAAGUGCGUCGUUCGACGGGUGGCACCCAUGCAGAUCGUGGAAAUAUACCCCCGCUCUCUAUCUAACCCAGAGCUGAGUCGUCAAGCCAAAGCAUACCCGCCAUUUUGGGACAUGCUGAAGUACUUCUGGACACCCAAGCGGAUCGCAGAAUGGCGACAGCAGAUAUUCUCGGACCGCCGCAGCCCAAUGCAGGCUCUCGACAACUUGUCAAACCUGAUGUGCUUAUCGGCGGAUCUAAAGCAAAUGUGGGCAUUGGGGAUAUUUGCACUAAAGCCUCUCGCAUAUAGCGAGGACAGAACCCAGCUUGAGGUGCAAUUCUUCUGGCAACCACGGCCUGGCCACUCAAUCAACCAUCACAUCCCGCUCUUGACACGACCUAGCUCGUCCCGAGACCUGCCCGGGUUGGUUGAAGAUGACGUGGUUCAAACUGGAUCCGCCUUCUUGAACGUCAGGUCCGAAUGGCAGAAGAUCAUGAGCGGCCAACGCUUUACAUUCACGACACCCGACCCCAUCAAGCUACCAUUGCCGAGUAAAGAGCUCUUGGAAAUGCAAUGGGUGCUGACACGACUGGUAAACCUAUCUGGGGCUGGAUUAUUGCCGGACGGACACGAGCUUGACCACUACGAGAAUGACGGCACCCACCGCUUCCAGCUUUUCUAA